AACUAAUUGCAAAACAAAAACAAAAUACUCUCCUAUAUCUUUGUUGAUAGGGAGUGAUUAGUCCGUUAUCUACUCUGUACCUAGGAACUGUAGUUACUGUAGUUACCGUACCGGCCGGCGUUGGAGAUUUUUCGGGCGGUUCCGAUGGCCGAAACUUUCCCUUUGGAUCCCCGCCUCCACACACUUCCAAGCUGCGUCGAACUCCGACGACAACGACGUCUUAUUAGUGGCAAACAAUAAUGGGGUUUCUAAAAACUCGCCUACUCUGUCGGCCCUGUAUAAGAUAAUACUUUUCUCUGUCUGGCCCGAACUGUUUUUAUCUCUCCUGUUUCUUUUCUGUUAUGGUGGCAAAACAAUGCUAUCUAGGUCUCGUUCGGGGAGUUAACUUAGCAUCAUUUGAAAAAUGAUCAGAUGGCUGCUUUUAGAGCUUGCAUGGCGUUACCUAGGUAACACAUAGUUACUCUCACGGCUAUUAUCAUGACGGGCCAACAACCCCUUCGUCCGCUGCCGCAUGGCCGGCCUGGCCGCGUCAGGCAGCAGGCUUCCUUCUAUACAGAUUGGAUUGAAGAGAUUAGAGAGCGAGAAUACCCCACUCUCAAAGAAACAACCUAUCUGGACCAUGCGGGAACAACACUCUACCCAGCAUCCCUCAUCGAUGCAUUUUCACAAGAAAUGAAGGCGAAUCUUUUUGGAAAUCCCCAUUCGGCAUCCUCGUCUUCCCAACUCUCUACACGGCGGGUGGACGAUGCCAGGUUACGAGUUCUCCGCUUCUUUAGAGCCAGCCCUGAUGAUUUCGAUGUUGUGUUCGUCGCAAAUGCAACCGCUGGGAUCAAGCUGGUUGCGGAUGCACUAAGAGACUAUGACGAGAACGGGUUUUGGUACGGGUAUCAUCGGGAUGCGCAUACCAGUCUGGUUGGGGUGAGAGAGCUGGCAGCAAGGGGGCGGAGGUGCUUCGCGGACGACGAGGAAGUUGAACAGUGGAUAUCUCAUCAACGCACGUCAAAUAUGCGAAGGCGGACAUUUCUUCCCACUCUGUUCGCGUAUCCGGCUCAAUCGAAUAUGAAUGGCCGUCGCCUACCUCUUGACUGGUGUCACAAGCUCCGAGCUUGUAACAUCUACUCACUUUUGGACGCUGCGUCACUCGUCUCUACAUCGCCACUAGAUCUUAGCGAUCCGGAUUCUGCCCCUGAUUUUACGGUCCUCAGCUUUUAUAAAAUUUUUGGAUUUCCGGAUCUUGGCGCUCUUAUCGUUCGUAAGGGCUCUCAUGAUAUCUUUGACAAGCGAAGCUACUUUGGAGGGGGCACAGUUGGUAUGGUUACGAGUCUUGAAGAUCAGUGGCAUGCGAAGAAAUCGACUUCUAUUCACGAUCAACUUGAGGAUGGAACCUUACCUUUCCACAGCAUUAUAGCUUUGCAUUCAGCUUUCGACAUACAUGAACGACUUUACGGAUCCAUGGAGAAUAUCUCUCUCCACGCUGGCUCGUUAGCCAAGACGCUGUAUGAUGCUUUGGUGGACAAAAGGCACGCAAACGGAGCCGUUGUUUGUGAAAUGUAUAAGCACAAAACAUCUAGUUACAAUGACCGAACUACCCAGGGCCCCAUUGUUUCAUUCAACAUGAGGAAUAGCAACGGUGAAUGGAUUGGGAAAUCGGAAGUUGAGAAACUCGCUGCAGUGAAGAAUAUCCAAAUUCGGUCCGGGACAUUAUGCAAUCCAGGUGGCAUGACAUACCACCUUGGAUUGAAAGUUGAGGAAAUGAAACGAAAUUAUAAUGCGGGUCAACGGUGUGGAGAUGACAUCGAUGUUAUCGAAGGCAAACCAACAGGAGGUCUAAGAGUUAGCCUUGGUGCUAUGAGCUCCAUCGGCGAUGUUAACCGAUUCCUGGAAUUCAUUGAUGAGUUUUAUGUGGACAAAUCCAAUUUGAGCUCCUUUUCAACAUCUCAAACUGUUACACUAUCCGAGAAGGCCUCAGCUUCUAACUUCUAUGUUGACAAGCUCUGCGUGUAUCCGAUCAAAAGUUGUGGAGCUUUUAUAGUCCCCGAUGGCAAGGAGUGGGAGAUUAAUCCGGAAGGACUUGCAUGGGAUAGAGAAUGGUGUCUAAUGCACCAGGGCACGGGGGUAGCUCUCAGCCAGAAAAGAUAUCCUCGAAUGGCUCUUAUACGCCCUGUGGUUGAUCUUGACCGGGGAGUCCUACAGAUUUCACGUGGCAUGCCAGGGACUGACAAUAAUUCCCUAGAGCUGCCUUUAUCAGGCCAAUCGGUCGACAUCUCGAUAGCUGAACUCUAUGAAAACUCCAUGAAGAAGUCCUCCAUGGUGUGCGGUGAUAGGGUAACUGUACAAAUAUAUUCGUCACCGGUCGUUGCAAAAUUCUUCUCUGAGUUUCUUGAAGUCCCAUGCACACUUGCUAGAUUCCCGGCGAAUUUAUCCGUCCGAUACUCGAAACCCCAGCUACGUUACCAUCCCCCUGAUACCAUAUCGCCCUCUAACAGCAUGCCAGGCGCUUUCCCGCAAUCCACGCCUUCGUGCGAACUAUACAAGAAUCCAAUCCGCUUGUCAAACGAAAGCCCCGUGCUGCUAAUCUCCAGGUCCAGUGUCAACAAACUUAACGAAACUAUUAAAUCGCUCGGCAAAUCCGCGUCCAAGACCACGAGAGCGGUCGCCGCUGAUGUAUUCCGAGCAAACAUCAUUGUCGCUGAGAACCCCACUCUGGCGUUGAAUAACAAGAAUGGAGACAGCAACCGCACUACUCCUAGCCUUAUGUCUUCACCGCCAACGUUGCUGGCCGAACAGCCAUACGUCGAAGAUAGAUGGAUAGGGUUCCGAAUUGGGUCUCACAAAUUUGACGUCCUGGGCUCAUGUCAGCGCUGCCAGAUGGUAUGCGUAGAUCAGUUCACAGCCGUCAGGAGCGAAGAACCCUUCUCGACCCUGGCGAAGACAAGGAAAAUUGGUGGCAAGGUUGUGUUCGGAAGACAUGUUUGCCUUUCGCCUGAUGAUUCCUGGGAUGGUGUAGACGAGGGAAAGGUUAUGAUAAGGAGUGGUCAAGUUGUUGAGCCGCUGUAUGAAGAAAUGUUGUGAGCUAUAUCCUGUAUAUAUUGGCUUUAGAUAUGAGUAUAUGUAAUGAAUGUACAUAACGAAAGCUGCGAAGGAUUGAUAUAAUGGCCACGCUCCCUGAUACCUUACCACGCUUGUGACUCUUUUUCUGCCUAGCGGACAUAAUUUAUAGAUAGUUCAAGAAUACUUCACCGUUAACCCGGAGACCAAGCUCCGACAAGCAGCAGAGGAGAAAUCCUUUAAUUUGGCAUGGCCCGCGGGAUAUUCUGAACAUGACAUGCUGUUUUCUAUUUCUAAAAGUAGCAUAUAUAUAUCAAACCAUAAGAAAAAAAUUUGGGAGACGCAAAGAAGCAGCCAGAAAUAUACAUAUACAAUAAUACCUAGUUGCCGCACCCAUACUCAUACAAGAGAAAAUUUGACAAGGAAAACGGGCAAAGAUAAAAUAAAAAUAGAAAGCACAUUAAACUCCCACCACUCUUGAGAUACCCUUUACUUCCGUGGAUAUUUCUUCCACCCUCGUCCGUGACCCCGCUGUUAAAUAUUAGUUAGCCACCAGCCCUUGAAGUCAACAGCUGGGAACAAGCUGGGGCUAGAAAGCAAGAACAUACCUGUUUCCACAACCUGAUCAUCGCCGGCAUACCCAUCAUGGCCUUCUUCCGAUCUUCCAACCUAACCUCUAGCGUCCGCUCCCACUUAUGACCCUUAACCUUCUGACCAAUACCCGUGCCGCGGAUUCUCAAUCCCUUCUCAACAGCCUUCGUCUCCUUAUAUACCGUCGACUUGCGACUGGGAGGUAAUAGUUCCUCAACGCCAUAUUGCGCAGCUAAUUUGACCAAUUCGUUCUGCCGUCGGAGGGAAAUCAUGGCGCCCCGCCAUCGCCCUGUUUCGGGGUUCUUGUAUGGAAGGAAUGGGUUUGGGUGUUCUGGAUCGGAGCGGAGGAAGGCCUGUGACAUUGAGAAGGCAGAUUGGUCUAUUUUUGAAGCUUUAGAGGAGCGAGAUGGCGUAUAGGGACUUGGAGCUGGAGCUGGGGGCUCGACACCCUCUGGUAGUUUUGGUGCUCCAAGGGCAUUUGCGGAGUAUAUUUGCGGCGGGUAGCGGGCGAAAAAGUUGCGGAGCCGGACAGGGAGGUUCUCCAAAAUGCCUGCGGC